AUGUCUUCAUCGGACGGUUUUCUUACAUCGUUAGAAUCAAUACAGACAAAUUUAUUUCGAAUUGGUGGUCCAAUAUUAUUGGUACUUGGUAUUGUCAGUUGUGUCAUCAAUCUGAUGGUUUUCACUCAAAAAAAUCUACGUAAAAGUCCAUGUUCGAUCUAUUUGAUAGCAGUAAAUAUCGCUAAUUUCUUAUAUCUUACUAUAUCAGUAUUAUUGACUACAUUAGCACUUGGCUAUGGAAUAGAUCCUACUAAAUCUAAUCUCUUCACAUGUCGUUUCUGUUAUUACAUAUUAUAUUUAUUUGAUAUUCUCAGUCCAUUUUAUGUUAUCUUAGCUUCAAUCGACCGGGUUUUAGUCACAUCAUCAAAUGUUCGAGCACGGCAAAGAAGUACUCGUCAUUUAGCUUAUAUUUGUAUCGGUUGUGGAACAUUAUUUUGGAUAUUGUUUCAUUGUCAUACAUUAAUUCUAGUAGAUAUACAAGAAAUAGCACCUGGUUAUUUUAUGUGUUACGCUCGAGCAGGACUAUACACCCUUCUCAUAGGUUAUUAUUCAUUGUUCGUCACAGCAAUUAUAGUGCCUUUGUUAAUGAUUAUUUUUGCCAUAUGGACUGCAAAAAACAUUCGAAAAGUGCGUCAUCGACGCAUUGCUCCUGUGCCACCGAACACUGGAAAUACAGCGGCAAACUUUGUACAUCUCUUUCACUCCAAAGAUCGACAAUUUGUUUUAAUGGUAGCUGUAGAUAUUUUUAUUUAUAUAGCAUGUAAUGCAAUGCUGUUAGUUGUUAUUAUAUAUUACCAAAUCGUACAAAAUAACGACUUCACACAUAUGAGCAUCUUUUUGAAUUUGGUAGGAUCUUUUCUUGCUGAUAUUUCAUUUUGUAUUGGUUGUUAUGCAUAUUUAUUUAUAUCGAAAACAUUUCGGAAAGAAGUGAAACGUUUAUUUUUUGGUCAAUAA